UGAAAGCAACAGGAGCAGCUGUAACGUGGGUCCAGUGCGUGCGAGUGUCUGUAUGUGUGUGUAGGUGUCAGAAAUUGGCGGAUAAACAUGGACACGCUUCACAGUACAGGUAGUGAUAGGGAAAGUGAAAGCAGCACGAGAGUCCCGAGAUGUGUGGGGGUGACUAGCCUGAGGGGCUGAUAGCAGUGGAGCAGGGAUGCUUCGCCUGUCAUGACUGCUGUCAUCUGGAUGCUCGCGUGGCUGCCCCAGGUCCUGCCAGCUAUGAGUAAACUCCCCCAGCCUGUCAGCGUGACUCUGUCCUCAGUCCAUUUCAUUCAUGUGCUGAAAUGGGAGCCUGGACCCGGGACACCCACAGGAGUCCACUACCAUGUCAGCGUUUGCACAGCUCGGGGCACUUCCUGGGAGCCCGUGGCUGGCUGCGAGCAUGUCCAGCACCCACUGGUCUGCAACCUGACAGAGGCCUUCUCUAACCCAAACCAGUCCUACUUUACCCAGAUUAAAGCAGUGCUGGAUGCACAGGACUCAGAGCCAGUCACCCAACAAGAAUAUAGGCCAAUCAAAGACACUCACAUGGAUCUGCCGCUGCUGACUGUGACACCUUGUGGACAAGACUUGUGUGUGGACCUUCAGCCUCCCAUGGAGCACCUCAGGGACAUCUAUGAUUCUCUGCAGUACGAACUCAAGAUCAAGAGCAACAAUGUAGACCGAGCUGAGCACACCAAGUCUUUGAGACGAGUACCCUUGAAGAAUCUGGCCUCUGGCAGAGAGUACUGCGUCUCGGUCCGCUUCUCCGACCCGGAUGUGCCCAGGGUGUCCAGCCACAGCCAACCUGUCUGUGCCUCCACCCCUGGCCUCGUCACCGCAGACCCGUGGAUCUCAGCCCUGUUGAUCUUGUUGGUGAUGCUUGUUUUGGCCGUAGUGGCCCUGCUGGUCUCUGCUGGUUUCAUCUGUCUGAAGAGGAGGUCCCUACCAUCAGUCCUGGAAAUCCAUCACAUAGAAGGGCUUGUGGUGGUGGCAUCCUGCAAGACUUCACUGUCUUCCCUCCUGACUCUUAAACCAACGGCGCCCUCUUCAGGCAAAAAGAGGAGCAGCAGCCAAACAUCAGACGAGAGUGAAACGGAGAGCGCUGCUGGGAGCAGAGUAGGAGGGUAUGAGGGCGCGCGGGGGGGCACUAACCUCCUCUCUUCCUCCUCUUCCUCUCCAUCGUUGCCGUCAGCUCCUUUACGCCCGGAGCCGUUACCGCCGGGCUUCACCUCAAACCAGACCCCAUCGGGCUUCUUCAUUCCCCAGCCUGAGCCUGAGACACGUUCCCGUGCUGAACUGCAGGAUUCUCUGCCGACAUCCGAGCCGAGUUCAGACCCCCGUCCUGCAGACCUUUUGACUGUGGGAGGAAUCCAACCAGGGAAGGCGGAGGAGAAGGUGGCGGGAGACGGGGGCAGCCAGGACGUCAACCUCUUCACAUUAACCUUUGGCACGCAUGGGGAGGACAACGAGGACAAAUCCUUGUUGGACGUGGCAGAGGUGGAGACCGAGUCUUCCCCUGCUUCAGAGGUGUUCGACACCAUUCCACCUCCACCCUCACGAAAAAAGGACGCCAAAGACGUUUCCAUAGCAACUGUUUCCUGCUCUGACGACGAGGAGGACGAUGAGGGGGACGAGCUCUCUGGAUAUAUGAAGCGUCCAGGACCAUGGGGCUGUGGAUGCUUCUCCUUCUGCAUUUACACCUUGGUAAUGCUGCCUGGUUUGGAUGUGGGGAGGAAGUAUGGGGUGUGUGUUUCCCUCCCUGCACCUUCCAACGUCUCCAUCUUCUCCUUCAACAUGGAGCACACACUCCACUUCCUGCCUGGCCUAGACACCCCCCCUGACACCAACUUCACUGUUCAAACCUUCAGCCCCAGGAUGAGGAACACAUGGAGACCAGUGGCAGCUUGUUCGGAGCUGACGGCCGGACAGCCGUGUGACCUAACCCGGACCUUCAAGGACCCGUUUGCCCGCUACAGAGCCCGCGUCCAGGCCUUCAACGCCACCCAGACGUCCCCGUGGACCGUGUCCGGCCAGUUCCAGCCUCUGUCAGACACUGUUCUAGGACCUCCGGCUGUGUCGCUGUCCGGCUGUGGGAACUGUCUGCGCCUGGACAUCGGAGGUCCAACAACAAGGGGGCAGCUGAAAGACUUCUACAGAGAACUCAUCCUCCAUGUGCAGAGGACAAGGGAUGGUGUGCAGUUCACGCUGCGGUUGCCGUACCAGGAGGAGCACGUGAUCGCGUACCUGCAGCCGGGGGUGGAGUACUGCGUGAGCGUCUCCGUGACGUCGCUCUUCAACACCAACUCUGUCUCCAGUCCGCCUUACUGCGCCUUCACCAGCCCCCCUCCGUCCAGGAGCUCACUGUACGUGGUCUUCAGCCUGCUGGCAGCUUUCUGUGCCCUGGGCUUCCUCGUCAUUGGACUGGUCGUCUACGGCGGUCAGCGGAGCUUUGAAUGACGAGGACAACGCCUCCCCGAAACCAUGGUAACAGAUCCAUCUGUGUGUUACACAUUUUGCACUCAAAAUACAUACUGGUCUUACAGGGAGGUGUGUUCAGGUGCAUUCUGGGCCUGCUGGUUUUACAGGUAGGUGUGUUCAGUUGCUUUCCGGGUGUGCUGGUCUUACAGGGAGGUGUGUUCAGGUGCAUUGUGGGCGUGCUGGUCUUGCAGGGAGGUGUGUUCAGGUGCAUUCUGGGGGUGCUGGUCUUGCAGGGAGGUGUGUUCAGGUGCAUUCUGGGGGUGCUGGUCUUAC